GGGUGCAGCGAGCCCCCCGGUGCAGUUCUGUGCCCCCACCAGGCAACGCGCAAGGUGCAGGGAAGCCGGCGCAGCUGAUGUGCUGCUGCUGCUCUAGGGAAAUAAAAGCAGGCGCUGGAGCAGGAAGCCUCGCGUCGUUCACUUUCGGUUUGCGUCCCUCGGCAGUGCCGGUGCCUGGAGGAACACUGGCAGAGGACGCCGGAGCGUGAGGAGGUAUGGACGGGAAGAAAUGCAGCGUGUGGAUGUUUUUGCCUCUUGUGUUUACCCUGUUUACAUCGGCUGGAUUAUGGAUAGUGUACUUUAUAGCAGUGGAAGAUAACAAAAUUAUUGCACUAAAUGUACCAGAGAGGAAGCCUGGUUCCAAAAGACCACCUUAUAUAAGUAUUGCAGGUGACGCUCCUCCUGCAAGCUGCGUGUUUAGCCAAGUCAUGAACAUGGCAGCAUUUCUAGCACUUGUUGUCGCUGUCCUGCGCUUCAUUCAGCUGAAGCCGAAGGUGCUGAACCCAUGGCUGAACGUCAGCGGGCUGGUGGCGUUGUGCUUGGCCUCGUUUGGGAUGACCUUACUUGGCAACUUUCAGCUUUCAAACGAUGAGGAGAUCCACAACGUGGGUACAUCGCUGACCUUUGGCUUUGGGACUCUGGCGUGCUGGAUCCAGUCUGCCCUCACCCUCAAGAUCAACCUGAAGAACGAGGGACGGAAAGUGGGGAUCCCACGAGUUGUCCUGUCAGCGAGCAUCACCCUCUGCGUGGUGCUCUAUUUCAUCCUGAUGGCUCAGGGCAUCCACAUGCACGCUGCCAGGAUCCAGUGGGGCCUGGUGAUGUGCUUCCUGUGCUACUUCGGCACGUUCGCGGUGGAGUUCAGGCACUACAGAUUUGAGAUCAUUUGCUCCGAGUACCAGGAAAACUUUCUGAGCUUUUCUGAAAGCUUGUCGGAAGCCUCCGAGUACCAGACAGAUCAGGUGUAGCCCGUCCUCUGGCAGGGGGGAGGGAGGCAGGCGUGGUCCCAUGGUUCGACAUGACCUCAUUUACACUUGUUUUGAUGAGUUUGUUUUCCACGUGCAAUCAUGAUCGUGUUGCCAAAGGGCUCUGAGAGUGGCUGUCUCAUUAGGAGCCACACAAAAGCAGCUGCCUGCUGGAAGAGGGUUCUUUCUGAACCGCGGUGCCAGAGAGCACGAGGUGUUGGAUUAGUGCUACCCGGGACUUUGUCAGCAACUCUGUCGCACUCUUGAUGCUGAAGAUGUUCAAUGGCCAGUCCUCACAAUGCCCUUCUGAGGUAGGCAUGGCUCCUGGAAAAGAGAUGAAGGAAACAAACCCCUCUGGGCGCAGAGUCUUCAGACAUCACUGGUUCCUGAGUCACUGGGCUGCACCUCUCAUGUCUUACUGCCUUGUUUUCUUGGCUGCUGAGCUGACCGGCGUAACCUGGUAGCGUAAGAACAGUGGCCGUUUCUUCUGGACUGGGAAUCCGACCCAAAGGGACCGGCAUUUAUGGCGAGCGGGUGGGCCUUUCUUCCAUCCUGGGAAGCAGCCGAAGGCACAGCGGGGUUGGGGAGACGCCGCGCUGCCACCAGGCAUGGCAGCAGGGAGGACUGCGGUGCCCCGGCCCGAGGAGGGGGCACUCGGGAGCGCGAUGCUAGGUGUGGUGUUGCGGACACCACAGUGGGGACUGAUGGAAACGAGGUGCUGAAGUAAGAUGGGAAUGGCUGUAUGCUCUAAAGAUGACCCGGAAGAGGCUGCUCUUUUAAGUGUUUAUUGUAUCCACUACAUAUCGUGUAAUAUAUUUUAAAAGCUUUUUUUUUUUUGGUUGUUCGCAGAGGGGGAAAAACCUUGUGUUGAAGACUGAGCUUGCCUGCAGUGAAAAGAGAAUCAUUGCAGGUGGAUUUCAUGGGGCAGAGGGUGGCUGGUUGUUUUUUUUUUUGUUUUUUUUUUUGGUCCUUAGGCGCUUAGAAGUCAAACUUCAGACACACUUCAGCCCUGCAUGGGAUCCAAACCUCUCCAUGUGGCCAGUUCUCCUGAGAGGACUUGCAAAGUACUUGCAAGAGGCAGUGCUGCCCUGGAGGCUGGGGGCAGGUGCUGAGGAUGGCAGGUGCUGGAUGGAAGCUGCACAACCACGCGAGCUUCUCCCUCCUCGGGGACAUGGAGUUAACUGGACCUUUUCUCAGAGCUGAGUCACCAAAAGCAGGAGUAGCUUGGCUGUGCCCUCCAGGUGGAGCUUGAAUUCAAAGGCUGGUGGAGAUAUAACAAGAAUCUUCCCACAGCCAAGAUGGUCUGCAGGCAAAGAGAAAGCAGGAGCCCAAAGCCUGCAUCUGAAAACCCCUGAGCCUGGGAAGGCUGCUGGAUUGGCCAGGCAGGGGAUGGAGGGGAGACAAUGUCCAUUUUCCUCAGGCUCUCCUGUCUGAGCUGACACGGGGCAUCUCAGCGCCCCUGCGGGAAAAACAGAAAUGAAAAUGGUGGCAAGAGGCGUCUGAAGGGGAACUCUUACCGUACCAUGGCAUUUCUGACAGAAACAGAAAGGGCACGAGGGCCUACAGUGCUCUGCAAAGGUCAGGGGCCAAUCCGGCAAGGAGAAAUGGUCAAGGAAAGCUUUUGUCUAAACCAGCAUAAAGGGAGAGGCCAGCCAGCCCCCUCCUUGAUCUUCCUUGGGCCAAAAGCCGCAUUCAGGCAGGGAGGUGCUGAGGCUGCGUGUCGUCCCCUGACACACUGGAUGCAGAGGGAGCACAGAGCAGUGCUUUAAGUGUGUUUUACUGUAAAUAGUCCACUGUAGGGUUUUUUUCCUAAAUCAAUUACUACUUUCAGUUUAUCAUUUUAUAUUUUGUAAUAAUUUUAUCAAAGAAAACAUGAGAUGAUGUUUGUGAUUUGUUUUUCCUUUUCCUAUAUGCAAUCCAAACUGAACUUCAGGUUUUUGGUGAUAACUCUGUACACUUCUUACAGUAUUGCUAAAAGCACAUUUCAGUACAACUGACAACCGAUAUACAGUGAAACAUGAACACUAAAUAAAGUGCUUUUAUGGAGAAA